UGAACUUUCAUCUGCAUUAGAGUCCUCAGUGAAAUCUGGUCUUGAUUAGUAUCUAAGCAUCACCAGAAACUUUUUCUUUUUCUGGAAAAACAAUGGUCCUCUUAGGGAAAUUGGAGGCAGAUGUAGAGGUGAAUGCUCCUGCAGAUCAGUUUCAUGAUGUCUUCAGCUGCAGACCACACCAUGUAUCCAUUAUGAGCCCCGAAAAGAUUCAAGGUUGCGAACUGCAUGAAGGUGAAUGGGGCAAAGAAGGCGCUGUUGUCUGCUGGAAUUAUUCUCAUGAUGGGUCUCCCAAGAUUGCCAAGGAGAUAAUCGAAGCCAUAGACGAUGUGAACUUUUCAACCACCUUCAAAGUGGUAGAAGGAGAUCUCCUGAAGGAUUACAAGAGCUUCAAACUCAUCGUUCAAGCUACACCAAAGGAGAAGGGAAGCUUGGUGCACUGGACCUUCGAAUAUGAGAAGAUCAACGAGAAUACUCCAGAUCCCAAUACACUGCUAGAGUUUGUUGUUCAUUGCAGCAAGGAUAUUGCUGCUCACCUUACGCAAGCCCAAAAGAACUGAUGGAUCUUCAGCUACGCUCUGAUAUGUGGUGUAUAAUAAAUAAGGGCAUGUGAAUUUGUACCUACCAUAUACAAAAUCUUAAAUCUGUGUGGGUUUGUUAAUGAUAAUAUCUACCUUUGAUUAAUAUCAGAAUAUAUAUUACGGAGUUUAUAAAAUAAUUGGAUGUGUUAUGUA